GAAUUACGCCUCACGCGAUUUUGCAACUUGGUAUUUAUUAAAGUCCUUGAUGCCAGGUGCGAAGGUAUAUUUCAAACCGCACCAAAGUUCAAACAACUAUUAUCAAGUCUUAUACCACCAAAACAAUACAAACAACACACCUUAACAUCAAAAUCUUCACAUUAUAUCACAAACAAGAUCACAAUGACACGCCCGGGACCUGGAAUGAGAGGCUACUCGGAUAUUAUGAAUACCAGCGAUAAAGAGUUACAUGGCAAUGGACAAAAGGUCGACUUCCCUCAUGAGGACAUAGGAGCCCACACUCUCUGGAAGCAGAAUUCCGAGGGAACGAUUCCAAUAUGGCAUCUAAGAGUGACAGCACUCAAGAAUGGCGAUUUCCGAGGUGAUUGUCCAAAUCGUGUCUUUGUAUUCAAAAAUUUGGAAGACGUCACUCGAGCUAUCAAUCAAGUCGAAGCUGCUUUUGGAAACAAGUUUGAGUUGAAGAAAUGUGGGAUUGAUUCUCCAGAUGCUAUGGGUGGAAGAGUUAAUGAUGGGAGGAGUGAGAAUAUCACAAUCGAAUUUGACUCCGAUGCGUCGGAGGAAUCAUGGGCAGAGUUCCUAGCAAGAUUGAAGGGAUUGGAGGAUGAGUGGUCACAUGCAAUUGAGCUUUCGAGUCUUUGAAGAGCGGUGUGGGUGGAAGACGGUUUAGAAAACAAACCCGAUAAUGGGGCGAUUAAUUAGAAGGAGUGUUGGGAGGCAGGCUCAAUUUUAGAAUCACGAGACAGUGGAAUGUAAACAGUAUUUGCAGAAUUUGUAAGAAUCAAACAAAUUGAGAACGAGAUCUA